AUGGCGCAUCUCGACAACAACGCGUCCAACGCGAUCACGGCGGUAGACCCGGUCGACCGGCCCCACGACAAAGAUGGCAUUUCGACGACGUCCGUCUCUGCCGCUGCCGACAGCAAGCCGGAGCCCCCACAAGAGCCAGAAGCGGCCGGGUGGUUCCACUGGCAUGAGCCAGGCACGUCGGCCGAAGAGAAGAAGCUGAUCUUCAAGCUGGAUUGGUUUCUUUUGAGUUUCGGAUGUUUGAUGUAUUUCAUCAAGCAGCUCGAUCAAAACAACAUAUCCAAUGCUUACGUCUCGGGCAUGUCGGAGGAGCUUGGCUUCGGCCCUGGCAACGAGCUCUCAUGGAUGAACACGUACUUCAACAUCGGUACAAUUAUUGGAGGAAGCUUUGCCAACCUCAUCAUCACCGUCGUUCGUCCGCGCUUCUGGCUUACGGGUUGUCUCUUCGUGUGGUCGCUUUUCGUUCUGUUUCUCUUCAAGUGCAACAGCGCUCAUCAGUUCUACGUCUUGCGCUUCUUUAUUGGCUUAUUUGAGUCAUCUGCUUGGCCGGGAGUCAUGUAUACACUCGGGUCGUGGUAUCGCAAGAGUGAACUUGCCCGUCGCUCCGGUCUUUUCGUCAUGAGCGGCGUUUUGGGCCAAAUGUUCUCCGGCUACCUCCAGUCGGCCCUGUACACCGGCAUGGGCGGUAAAGGAGGCCUAUCAGCUUGGAGAUGGCUUUUCAUCUUCGACUUCAUCUUGGCUAUCCCUGUCGUCAUCUACGGCGUUAUCUGCUUCCCCGACACGCCUCACACCACUCAGGCGUUCUACCUCAACGACUGGGAGAAGGAGCGCGCGCGCCAGCGUAUCGAAGAAGAAGGCCGCAAGCCCGUCGGAAAGAUGAACUGGUCCGUCAUAAGCCGUGUCUUCGGCUCAUGGCAAGUCUACGCAUUCACAGCAGCCUACUGCUUCUGGACACUCACCUGCGGCUCUUACAUCAUUCAAUACUUUACGCUUUACCUCAAGUCGACCAAGAUGUACACGGUACCCGAGAUCAACAACAUCCCCACCUGCGUCGGCGCCAUCAACUUCGUUUUCAUGGUUUCAACGGGCUACAUCGCCGACAAAAUCGGCCGCCGCGGUCCCGUCUGCUUCGCCGUCGGCUGCCUACUCACAUUCGUGUACGCUGUCCUUGCGGCGUGGACCGUCCCCCACAUGCUGCGGAUGGCAGUUUUCAUCCUUGCCGGCUGCUACGGCUGCUACACGCCACUUCUGGCUGGCUGGGCAAAUGAGGCAUGCGGAGGUGACCAGCAGAAGCGCGCCUUUGUGCUCGGCUUCAUGGUAUCAGUCGGCCAGGCGGUAGUCAUCCCUUUCCAACAGUUGCAGAUGCCCAGUGGACAAGCUCCAGCUUUCGCGAAGACUCACGGAUGGGAAAGCGCGCUUGCAUUUGUGGUCGCGCUGACUGUCUGGACGGGUGUUGGUUUGCCCCUGUUCGAGAAGUGGCGGGAGUCCAGGGUGAAAGUUAGCACCCACGAGAGCGACAGCGAGGAAGCUUAG